ACGAAACAUGCCGCUACUGGCCCUAGUAGAUAGGAAGUGUAACGGCGUAGGUUGAGGGGCGAGCCACCAGAGGGACGCCAUGCCAGGACCCAGUAUGCCGGAGGACGAUUUAGAUAAUGAGAACAAGAUCCAUUAGGUCCGGCCCCGCGCAAGGACCAUGGCCAGCUUGAGAUCGCGUGGAGCUACACACACAUACUUCUUUCUCAGCCGUACAGUGGGUGGGUUAGAUCAGGCAUUGUUCAUAAUUGAUGAGUUGCACCUGCAAAUCCUGAUUGAAGAUGUACGUGAACCGAGGCAAGAGGUGAGCCAUCGCAUCAUCCCGCUGCGAGUGAUUGGAGGAGGAGCACGAGAAGGAAGAGGAGAAGGAGGGCGCAGGAGGGCGCAGGAGGACAGCCGGAGCAUGCUGAAGUGUGAAAGGCUAAUGCAACCCCCCAAUUUCCCCCGGACGAUCAGGGCAGCUUUGGGGUGGGACCAAAUGCCGGCGCGAUGCCAGAAGGUCGAGCUAAGGCUGGCUCUCUUCCUGUUUGGGUCAUCAGGUCUGCAUCCCAUCGCCACUCUUUCUCUACUUUGGGCCAAUUCUCCGUACACUGUGCUCGAGCACCGGCCAAUGGCCCGACUUAGGCUUGAGCUAAUGAACUCCCGGGGUUUAAUAUCGCCUACCAAUCAACCGAGCCGGUCGCGACGGUCAGCCCGGAGUUCUGGUGCAUUCGUACUAUAUUGUUAUUGCAUACUCCGUCUUGCUCUAAUUUCUUUUCUCGAGUUCAAGCUGAGGCCGGAAGGAGGGGGAGGGUAUUUGCCUGUUUCCCCGCUUAGUUGGUUAGUUGGUCUCCAGCCAAGCCACCCGGUGAUCCAACUACUGAAUAGUCCGUGGUGCUAGUCAGGACUUGCUUACCCUUUUCCCCCCAAAAAAUCCCACCCACCAAGAGCAAAAAGCUAUUCUUCCCUAGCUGGACACUAAAUUGCGGGUAAUUAAUUGUCUUUGUUCUCUCCCCCGGGUGGUUCGUCGUCACUGGAGGACUCGAUUUGAUCACGCUGGAACAGCAAUCACUACUAAAUUAUCAGAGGCUGAGGUAUCCAGAAGCAUGUCCAAAACUCUAUCCA